AUGGCGAUAAUCAGAAACAUAAUAGAAGACAUGAGAUCGAGAUCUCAAAGGGUGGUAGUAGUUGAAAAGGAAGAGAAAGUUCUUGUUGGCGACGGUUUAAGACAGAGUUGUUGGGCCAACAUGCCACAAGAGCUUCUCCGGGAAGUUCUCCUCCGAAUUGAGGCGUCCGAGGACACGUGGCCGCCGAGGAAGAACGUUGUCUCAUGUGCCGGAGUUUGUCGGAAUUGGAGAGUCAUCACCAAAGAAAUCGUUAAAAAACCUGAACUUUCUGCUAAGAUAACUUUCCCCAUUUCUGUUAAACAGCCCGGUCCAAGGGAGAAUCUCCUUCAAUGUUUUAUAAAGCGCAACCGAUCCACUCAAACAUAUUAUUUGUUUCUCAGUUUAACUAGUUCGUUAGGUGAUGACGGGAAGUUCCUUCUGGCCGCUCGCAAAAGCAGACGUCCUACCUGCACAGAUUAUAUCAUCUCCCUAGAUGCAGAUGAUAUGUCAAGGGGAAGCAAUACCUAUGUUGGGAAACUGAGAUCAAAUUUCCUCGGAACAAAGUUCACAAUCUAUGAUAGCCAGCCACCUCAUACAGGAGCUAAGUUUACGAAAAGUCGUUCUACUAGGUUGGUAAAUCUAAAGCAGGUUUCACCCAAGGUCCCGACCGGCAACUAUCCCGUGGCUCACAUCUCGUAUGAAUUGAAUGUGCUUGGCUCGAGGGGGCCUAGGAGAAUGCACUGUGUCAUGGAUUCCAUACCAUCCUCUUCGAUCGAACCAGGAGGAGUAGCUCCUACACAAACCGAGUUUUCUCUAAACAACAUAGAAAUGUUUCCCUUGUUUCCUUUUUUCCGAUCAAAAUCAAAUCGUGUGAUGGAGAAUUCUCUAUCCGGACCCCUAGUCGGUGAUCAAAAAGACGGUUCACUUGUGUUGAAAAACAAGGCUCCCAGGUGGCACGAGCAGCUGCAAUGUUGGUGCUUAAACUUUCACGGACGGGUGACAGUUGCCUCGGUUAAAAACUUUCAGCUGGUUGCUUCUGCGGAGAACGGAACUGCUGGACCAGAACACGAUAAGAUUAUUCUGCAAUUCGGAAAAGUUGGGAAGGAUUUAUUUACAAUGGAUUAUCGUUACCCUAUCUCAGCAUUUCAAGCAUUUGCAAUCUGCCUCAGUAGCUUCGACACCAAGAUUGCUUGUGAAUAA